UCAUGGUGGUGUACGGACAGGAAGGAGGCUGAGAAGCAGCCGGGAGAUACAGAUCUCCGUAGAUCUGCUGGAGGACACCACCGGGGAUGGCCGCUCGGUGGUGGUGAGUGGGAGGACAGGAUCACCUGGGAGGAGACGCCAUAUAUAAGCCGGAGCUGAGUACCGCCCGGUUCUCAGCCUCCCUACCGCCCGCUGCAGUGGCCACCCUGGGUGCAGUGUGCGCUUCAGAUCCCACAGGUCCCUGGAAGGUGGAGGAUCCACCGUCCGAUACCUUGUAUCUUCUGAAGGAAGCCACCAAGAAGGGAGAGGACUGUUGCCUGGAAACCCUGGGAGAUGGUGACAUAUGAAGUGUGUUGGGAGGACCAUGGUUGAGAGGACCAGCAAAUUCUUGCUGAUCUUGGCUGGCUCAGUGUUUUUCAUGCUGAUCUUGUACCAGUAUGUGGGGCCAGGGAUUAAUUUGGGACCUCCAAGCAGAUACUACUCUGAGGACAUAGACCUUUUUCCCACCCCAGAUCCUCACUAUGUUAAGAAGUACUUUUUCCCAGUGAGGGAUCUUGAUCGCUCCUUGACCUUUGAUAUGAAAGGUGACGAUGUGAUCGUCUUUCUACACAUCCAGAAGACCGGGGGAACCACUUUUGGAAGACACUUGGUGCAGAACGUGAGGCUGGAGGUGCCCUGUGACUGCAGACCUGGCCAGAAGAAGUGUACCUGCUACAGACCCAACAGGAAGGAGACCUGGUUGUUCUCUCGCUUCUCCACUGGUUGGAGCUGUGGACUGCAUGCCGACUGGACAGAGCUCACCAACUGUGUGCCAGGGGUACUGGACAAAAGGGAGACCUUAAUGAAGAACCUGAGAAAAUUUUACUACAUUACCUUGCUGAGAGAUCCCGUCUCGAGGUACCUUAGUGAGUGGAGGCAUGUGCAACGAGGAGCCACCUGGAAGACUUCACUUCACAUGUGCGAUGGAAGAACACCAACACCAGAAGAACUACCAUCCUGCUAUGAAGGCACGGACUGGUCAGGGUGUACUUUGCAGGAGUUUAUGGAUUGUCCCUAUAACUUGGCUAACAAUCGCCAGGUUCGAAUGUUGGCAGACCUCAGCCUUGUAGGAUGUUAUAAUAUGUCCUUUGUUACUGAGAAGAAGCGAGCUCAGCUUCUUCUGGAAAGCGCCAAAAAGAACUUGAAGGAUAUGGCCUUUUUUGGCCUUACAGAGUUCCAGAGAAAGACUCAGUAUCUUUUUGAGCGAACUUUUAACCUGAAGUUCAUAAGACCUUUCAUGCAAUACAACAACACUCGGGCAGGUGGAGUUGACUUGGACAAUGGCACUAUCCAAAGGAUCGAGGAGCUUAAUGAUCUAGACAUGCAACUAUACGACUAUGCAAAGGACCUCUUCCAACAGCGCUAUCAAUUCAAGAGGCAGGUAGAGCGAAUGGAGCAACGAAAGAAGCAUCGACAAGAAAGACUUCUCCAGCGGUCCAACGAGGCUUUUGCCAAGGAUGAGGCAGAGGACCAAGUACGCUGGCCUACAGAAGACUACAUGAGCCAUAUAAUUGAGAAAUGGUAGUUGGGCAUGGACUUUUAUACUACUGGAUAAACUGGUUUCACAUUUGUUAUUCUGUAUUGUGUUAAAUACUGAACAUUAUGAAUGACAUCACUUUUUAUUUAAUGUUUGUAGCACACAGCUCAAAGCUUCAGUAAGUGUUCAUCCUUCACUAGGAGAACCUCUUAUUUUAAUGUUGUGCGAAUGUGACCGUACAAUGUCAACAAUGCUAUAUGUUUUAUUCACCCUAGGGAGUCAUUAAAGCAUUGUUAACUUUUUUUUUUUUUAAUCUUGCUUCUCAAAUUCUUAAGAGCAACUAAUGAACUAAUAACAGUGGUAUGUUUAAUAGCCAAAAACACAUUCUUGCUUUUAUAACCCUUAAGGAAACCCACAUGUUGGCCAAAGACAGCAAUUAGCAGUGAGGAAAAUUUAUUGUAUGUGACUUAUUUUUGUAAAGUUUCAGAUGACAGAGGUCGACUAAAAACCGUCGUAUGAUAUGGGUAACUGGAUUUUAGAAUUUUAAUAUAAUGUCCAUCUCAUCCCUGUCCCUAAAACACCAUCUAAUGAGGUUCUUGAAUGUGUAUGUCCCUUCAUGUCCUAGACUGUAUCUAUGCAAAAUAGUAGGAUAGAGGUCUACCCCUUCUCAAUAAAGUAUCAGUCACGCUCUGUGGUAGAAUAGUCCAUAGAAUGAAUUAAAUUAUGUCAUUAACUGCUGUCUUUAGUGUGAUCCAUUUGGGAAGAGUGAGGAUACCCUCCACACACAAAAUUUUGUAAGUUUGGCCAACAUUUAUUUUAAUAAUAUUCCAUAGUGAACUUUUAGAUAUUAUUGAAAUCCUCCAAUUAUUCAAGUCUUCCUUUCCUACACAGAACCAGGAAGACCUGGUACCACCAAAGCAUAAAAACUAGGAGAGAUCUCCGUGACCACAGGUGUUGGUAGGAUAAUUUUAUCAAUGAUCUUGUACAUGAUGUAUAUAUUAAAACAUGCUUAUAUUCCUUGUAAUAAAACAUGGGUAGUGGGCGAGACAAACACGAUCUAGUCCAGAAAUGGUUGAAGUACUCUGAAAAAAUUUCCACCGUAGAGCAAAAUCUUCAGAUGGAAUUUACCUGUGAAUUCAUAUAGCCAUAUAUUAUGUAAUAAACACUGGAUGACCUUCAUUAUUUUUGGGGAAAUACUAGAAAAUAAUUUGGGGUAAUAUCAUGGCUUUAUGUCCUUAGGUCUUACUGGAAAUGGAUGUCGAGUUUUUCUUGAUUUCUAAUAUGCCUUUUAGAUAUGUGUACAUAUGUCCAGGUACUCUAAUUGCUCUACCAGAUCCAUUAAUGAUGGGUAAUAUACGUAGGUGAUGGUUCCAAAGACUGUUAGGGCAAUUAAAGUAACUAUCAUACAUCGAGAAUAACUUGGGCUGCCUUUUGGGUAUUAUGUGGACACUUAGAGCUAUGUCCUUGACCUGUGUCUCAAUGUGGACCAUAUAGUUUAGAUCAGUGUUACUCAACUCCAGUCCUCAAGACCCACCUGCCGGUCAUGAUUUGAGAAUAACCCACAAAAUGAAUACCUGUGGUAAGUCCUGAUGUAUUAGCAUUAAUUAUAUUACUUGCUCAUUACUAAGGAAAUCCUGAAAACAUGUCCAGCAGGUGAGCCCUGAAGACUGGUGGUGAGGAACACUAGGUCUAGAUCAAUGCUUAGGCCUGAGCAUAACUGGUGUUUUGAACAAGACAAUGAUUGGGAUCAAAAAGUGCAGGUUCCUGUGUAAACAUGCCGCCGAUCAGUCCCACAGAUUUUUGGUCCGAGAUGGCCUGAAUUUUCUGUACUGGUCUGUCUCUUAGAAUUAAGGAAGUGCCCAUGCGAAUUCAGGACUACUAUGGCAACUAUGCACAACUAUCAAAGUCAAUGUACAGAACCUUCUACUGACUGCCAUGUGCUGUACAAAAGUUGAAACCGGCGCCAUGUGACCAAAGUCAGAAACACUGCCUUAUUUUUUUCCUUUUAUUUUAUGAAAUGGAUGGCGUCCACAGUCCUAAUUAAACAUAUCACUGUUCCUAUAUGAAGACUCGGUAAGCUGUCUAGACUAGUCCUGUUUAAGGACACAGCCCCACUUAGUGGUGUGGGUUGGAAAUGCAAGAAAAGCACUUAACGUUCAUGGGAAUUGUAAUUGUGUGUGUAUAGCAUUUUAUCGGCUGUGAGCGCCUAGAAUCUGAGAAACGAAGAUGGACUUUUGCUAACGUAACAGGUUUUUGCAAUAAGAAGAAUGGCAUUUUAGUUUGUUCUCCUCCUAAGCAAUGUGAGAGGGUUGCUCAUUGUAAUGCAUUAUAAUUUAUAUUGAUGAGCAUGUCCGAAUAUUAAAGUCUGUUUCAUUUGCCACAACUCCUGAAAGCCUUUUAGAUGUUCACAAGCGGCAGAUAUUUUCUGCAGAUGUCCCAACCGUCUGACCGGGGCUUGUAGAAAUCCACCUUUCUUACUGUAUCUCCUUCUCUGAAUGUUCCAUCCAGUACGUUUAAAGUCAUUUAUAUCACGGUCAAUCACACUUGUCAUGUUCCUUUUAAUAAAAAUGUAUUGCAUUA